GGAGAGGAAAGAUGGCUACCUCGGCUUGGCUGCAUGGCCCAUCAGCUAUGCGACUAACAGAGGGUUUGGUGUCGGUUCUGAAAGAACACCGUCCAGAGUAUUUACCGGCUUUGUUGGCCAACUACAGAGAACAUGGCGUCUUCCCGACACAGAGCGCGAGCGCCGUCGGGGGUCUCGUGGGGUUCAGUAAUGCCAAACUGGGCUCGAGCAAAACCAGGUUUGAGGGCCUUUGCCUGCUCUCCAUGCUGGUUAAAGACAGCUCCAGUGACCUGUUUGAGCAGCACUGUCUUUCCUGGCUGCGUUCCCUGCAGCAGGUCAUACAGUCUCAGGCUCCGGUCCAGACCAUCCAGCUGGCAGUGAACAUCCUGAAGGAUUUGCUGCAGUACUCAUCCCAGCUAGCAGAGCUGGCUAGAGAAGUCGGCCUCAACUCCAUCCUGGGCAUCCUGACAUCUCUGCUGGGCCUCAAGACAGAGUGUGAGCUGUCAGCCAUGGAGGGGAUGACGGCCUGUAUGACCUACUACCCCAGAGCCUGCGGAUCCCUCCGGGACAAACUGGGAGCGUAUUUCCUUUCCAAAAUGGACAGUUCAAACAAGAAAACACAAGAGAUGGCCUGUCAGUGUUAUGGUCGCUUGCCCUGUCUGGGGGGCCUGUUGGACCGAGGGGUAGGUGCUGGCAGAGCUGAAGGCUGGACCAAUCAGAUUCACUGCUUACUGGCCUCAGCCAAUGGCCUGCUGACUCAGAUCUACCAGGGUUCAGAAACAGAUGGAGCCGUGCAAUAUGAAGGUCCGGGGGUGGAGCUGGCCUUUCCUCAUCUCGACCAAUCAGAUCCGCUGCUGCUGCUGCAGCUCCAGCACAGAUACACAGCUGUCUGCCUGGCACUCAAACACACACUCAGGGUGGAUCCAGCCUCAGCUGUCCGUCUACCUGUCAGACCAAUACUCAACCUGGUGUGUCGAGCCCUCGCUGUCAGCUCCAAGAGCAUAAAUUUAACAGGAGAUGGAAGUGUGAGGCUGCUGGUCCUGCCCAUCAUACACACCAACACACUGGACAUCCUAUCAGCUCUGAUCACUGCUGUGCGUAGCAGCAUGGUUCAAUACACUGUAGUUCUACAGAGGCUGUUCUCUCAAACCCUGUCUGCCUGGACGCCUGUACAUGAAGCCAGUCUGGGACAGCAGAGAGCCUACAGCUCGGUCCGGGUCUCGGUCUACAGAACCUUAGAGCUCUGGGUCCAGGUGGCUGGAGCCUCUGCCAGCAUUCUUCAGGGAAGCCCAGGUCACUCAGAGCUCCUGUUUAACCACCUACUCGGUGACAUCACACCAGGGGCGGAGUCUAUCAAGCUCCGGGCAGGUCUGUCAGCUGAUGCGGUUCCUGGAGGGAAACCAGGUCCUCGGAGGACGAAGCCUCUGGUCAUGGCAGAUGCAGUAGGGCCGUCGCUCCAGCGGAAAGGAGACUUUCUGGCCAAUCAGGACACCUGUCUCUCAGCCCUCAGAGCACUGAGACAGAUCAUCCUGACCGGUGGCACACUGCUGAAGGACGAUAUACACAAGCGUCUCCAUGACGUCGUGCUGCCGCUGUGUGUCCGUCUGCAGCAGCAACAGUCCAGCAGCAACGCAGCAUGUGAAUCAGCAGGAGGCGUCAGCGGGCAGUACAGCAGCGCCCUCACAAGACGAGAGCUGUACAGGUUGUUGCUGGCUCUGGUCCUGGUCCCAUCACCCUGUUGGCCCCCUCCUCUGACCUGUGCUGUAUCCAUCCUCAGCAGUGGACGCGCCGACCGCAACCUCAAGGUCUCUACGUUCUGUGCUGAGGCUCUGACCAUCUGUAACUCCCUCCUCCACCCCCGCACUCCCUCCAUCGCCCUCCCUUUACCGCCCCUCACCCUGAAACCCACCCCCACCGCUCCAGUCCUCCCAUCCUCACAGGGCCCCACCCCUGGACUCACUCUGCCCACCCUGUUAGGAGGCACCGCCCCCGGUCCUCCUUUCCCCAGCCGCCACUCCAUCGGUCUGGGCCCCGCCUCUCUGCUGGGCUCGCUGGAGAACCACCUCUCCCUAGUUCCAGGGCUGCCGGGCCAGGCCCACACCCCAGGAGACAUGAUCCUGUCUCCGCACACACAUCACCUGCCAGACCAGGCCGGGCUGGGCCCCCCAGAGGGCCAGAGACCCGUGUUCAUCCGCUACGAUAAGGAGGAAGCGGAGGACGUGGAGAUCUCUCUGGCGAGCGACUCGGACGACAGCGUGGUCAUCGUUCCUCCGGGGAUGCUCAACAUGGAGAACCAGCAGGACGACGCCGCCGCAGCUAACUCCCAGAACCUGGUCUCUGCUGCACCGGGGGGCACCACAGUCUCUCUACCAGGAGGAGAGUGUGUCACCAUGGUGCCCACCACAGCUGUACCAACCACAAUAGACAGCGUCUCGCUUUCCAACAACCUCGCCACCUCCUCCCCCCUCCUCACCACCUCCACCACACCCAUCAACUCCUUCCCUCCUUCCAGUACCUCAGUGGUUUCCCUGGUCCCACCUUUGAACUCCAGCACACUCACAGCUCCACCCGGUGGUCUGGGGGACUCUAUGCCUGGCAGACCCCAGCUCCAGCAGAUGCUGAUGCAGCCCUCCACAGCGGGCCAGCCCGGACCCAUGGGUCUCCCGCUCCAGAUGCACCAGCUGCAGAACCAGCUGAGUCAGCAGGGACGCCACCUCCACCAGCACCAACCACCACCUGCCAGCAACGAAGACUCAGCCGUCAUCAACAUCAACAGCACCGACGAAGAGGAAGAAGAGGAGGAGGAGGACAUGGAGGAUGAUGAGGAGCUGGAGGAGGAAGAGGAAGGGAUGGAUGAGGAGGACGAAGAGGAGGAGGUGAGCGAUUUUGCUGAGGAGGAGUUUUAUGAUGGAGAGGAGUAUGAGGAUUAUGAUGAAGAAGAGGGGGAGGAGCUGGAGGAAGAGGAGGAGGAGGAGGAUGGGGACAUACCUCCACUGGAGGGAGCGGAGGACAAGGCAGGAGAGGUGGGGGUGGAGGAGGGGAAGGUGGUCCAGGCAGCAGUGGAUGAAGAAGGGUUGGCUGGGUUCAGUGUGGAGGGAGACGAGGAGGGAGGGAUAGAGGAGAUCCAGCCCAACAGAGUUCUGUUCCCAGAGGACAGGAUGAAGGUGCAGGAGGUGGAGAGCAUCGGAGUCCUGGAGGAGGCGCGGGGGGGCGAGGGAGAGGAGGAUGAGAGUGAGAGGAUGGAUGACCCCACCAUGCCACAGAUACUGUGUGUCACCGGAGGAGCGAUGGAGGAGAGGGAGGAGACGGAGGAGGGAGGGGCAGCUGGGGGAGGAGCUGGAGCUGGAGAAGGCGGAGGAGCGGUGCAGGAGGAGGCGAGCCUGUGGGAGCAAGGCGCCAGUGAGGCUGAGCUGAGAACCUCCUCCGAAGAACGCACAACCAAUCAGAGUCAACAGGAGUCGAGGCCUGAACCAACACAGGAAGCCAGUGUGGGUGAGAACCAGCCAUGCAGUGGUCAGGAGGAGCAGCAGCAGCAGCAGCCCUCAGCUGCUCCAGAAGGAGACUCAGCAGCUGCAGAUCCCGACUCCUCAGCCACUCUGAAACCUAAAGAGCCAGUGGAGACGAGCUCUGAGAAUAGAGACAGAGGGGAGGCAGAGCAGCAGGAAGUGAAGAGGAAGAGAGAGGAGGUGCACAGGGAGGAAGAGGCGGGACAAAGCACUGAGAAGAAAAAGAUGGAUGAUGAAGCCAUGGCGUCCAUGUUGGCUGAUUUUGUCGCCUGUCCACCUGAUGAUGAAGACGGCGCCUCUGGAUCGACCCGCUCAUGAACUGACCUGAUGUAACCGAGGUCAGCAGAGACGGUGUCAUCAGUGACAUCAUGUAGUUACCUCAUUAACUCCUCCCUCAUCAUUCUGGCGGUCUACAGUCGCUCAAACUGUAGAACAUGGCCUCCAGGUUUCUUUCUUUGACUUCAGCUGCAGGACUUUUUUUAUUUUACUGUCACACCUUCAGCUUGUUAUUGACAGACUAGUUUAACAUGAGCUAAAAGAAACAGUAGGUUUCCUCCAGCCCAGCAGGGCGCGGAGCUCUGUGAGGUAUGUCACUCUGAACGCUAGCCUUUUGUUCCCGUUUACGGUACAUGUUAUCUACAGUUAGUGUAUGAAGUACCCGUGUGUUUGGAUUGAUAUGUACCUUCUGUGCUCUUCAUGUUUCAUGACUGUCAUAUUCUUUGUUAUAAAAAGUAAAAGAGAAAAUCAGGACCGCAGUUUUGACGAUUUCAUUGUUAAUCAACAGUAAGUUAACAUGCGUCUCCAGUGAGCACUUGUGAUCAGAUCUC